UCUCAGGCGACCCUGGAUGACCUCCACACUCUGCUGGUGCUGAGGAAGAGGAAGAGGGAGAGGAAGAAGGCGGCGAGCAGAGCAGCGGCUCCCGUCCUGCAGAGCGUGCCGUACUAUGUGGAUGAGCAGGACUUCUUUAAGGCCUGUGAGCAGAGCCAGCUGCCUGUGAUUGACAGGUACCUGUCCACAGGAGGAGACCCCAACGCCUGCGACAGCUUCCAGCGCACGGGGCUGCACAGAGCGUGCUCACAGGGUCACACAGAGGUGGUCCAGAGGCUGCUGGACGCUGGGACAAACAUCCACAGCAAGGAUAAACUGUUGUCUUCCUGUCUUCACGCUGCCUGCAGAGGAGGAAACCCGUCUGUUCUGAAACUGCUGCUGAACCACGGAGGCGACAUGACGGCCAGAGACAAGUUGGACAGCACUCCUCUUCAUGUGGCUGUGAGAACUGGACACACCGAGUGUGUAGAGCACCUGAUCCACUGUGGAGCCGAGCUAAACACACAGGACAGGGAAGGAGACUCUCCGCUCCACGAUGCCGUCCGACUCAACAGAUUCAAAAUCACCCAACUGCUGCUGCUGCAUGGAGCCGACACCCAGCUCGUUAACCAGGAGGGGAAGUCUCCUCUAGAUGCAGUGCUGCAGUGGCAGAAUGAAGUGAAAACUCUCCUCAGAAGCCAGAGGAAGUGAUGUCACU